AUGGACUGCGUCUUUUUAACAUUCUCCUCUCUUGUCAUUCGACUCGACUCCACCUUGUCCUCCAACGCGUACGGUAAGAUGGAGAAUCCGCAUCUUGCAAUGGACCCACGCCAAUGGACAAGACAUUGCCCCGCCUUUGACGGGCUCCCAAGAGCAAAGUUGAAUGCACAUGUUGACUACCCAUCUGGGGCCUCGUGGCAUUUGUCUGCGAAACCUUUGUUGGCUGGCGCGGCAGAGGAGGUGGGAGCCUGCCCGAGAGUGCACAGCAUUCCCUUGGUUUCUCUCCAAUCGGGGUCCAGCUGUCUCCGCGCGCCCUCAUGUCCUGUGUGUACUCCUACCGGUACCUACUCUAGAACGGUAGUCGCCCACGGGGCGAAACAUGUCGGCUUCGGGCUGCAAAGACCGUUUGAACUCAACGGUGGCGUGGAGACUACCGGUACUUCAAGAGUAGCUCUGAUAUGCAACGUCGGCGCGGCCAAUCAAUUGUCUGGCCUAGAUCUCUCUUCCGAUCCCAACACCAAGACGGCAACGACGUCCGGCUAUAAGCAACCGUUGAUGGGCCUCAGCUGCCAUUCGAUUGCGCCCGUCGAAACCUCGCGCUUUCCAAGCUUUUGCAGAGCCUGCGCCCAGCACAAACAAAGUCGUCAGCCACAUAGGGCACACUGGGAGCGGCGACUGGGCGCAUCCGACUAUACAUGCAUCAAAGUCUGGCUCGAUCUUUCUCCUCCUGCGGCCGACAUUCCAGACAGCGCGAUCCCGACGCCUCUGUCCUGCCUACCUAGCGUGCAUUCGCUACCAAGACCACCGCUCCGACUGACUGAACACGUACCGAACUAG